AUGCUGAACCACAUUCUCUUGCUGCACCAGUCAACUCAGCUGCAGCAGCUGCGGCAAGUGCAGACAGAGCAAGAUCGCCACCUGCGUGAGCUCCAGCAGUUGCAGUCUGCCCCUGGCCCAUGCAUACCCAGAACCAGGCGCGCCUCGCCGCCGCGGCGCUCAGAGAGAGCGCAGACGGCGCAGACGGCGCAGGCGCAGAUCCAGGAGCGAGGACUCCCUCGUGCAGAUCAGGAACGGCUAAGUGGUUCCCAGGCCCUGCCAACGUUGCCUACAAGCCCGUCGGCGGCGGACCAGGUACCACCAGUCGAGUCGUGGCGCCGCCAUGAGCAACAGCCUCCACCGGAGUAUGAGGCUUCCGAUGCAUCCGUGUCAGAGGCAUCUGCAUCGCUUUCCUCAGUGGUACCAAGCAGCCGCGGCAGCCUGCGGCUCCAGCGGGAUCGCGCAGCACUGCAGAGGCGCCUCACCGAGCUGGGCGACGGCUGA